CGGGCUGAAGCAGUUGAGGAUUUGAGGAAGCCAGACUCGGCGGAGAGAUCCAGGGAGAUGGGGCUCAAGGGGAACAAGCGUUUCGGCGGCGGCGGCGGCCAGCCGCCGGCCAAGCGCCAGGCGGCCGGGAAGGACGGCCCCUCCGAGGAAACCGACGACGGCAUCGUCGUUGCGCAGAUAUCGAAGAACAAGAGGGUGGCAGUGAGGAGCUGGAACGGGAAGGUCAUGGUCGACAUGCGCGAGUUCUACGAAAAGGACGGCAAGAGCCUCCCGACCCGCAAAGGUAUAUCGCUCUCAAUGGAUCAGUGGAAGAUACUGAGGGACAACAUCGAAGCUAUAGACGAGGCCAUCAAGGAGAGCACUUGAUCGGAAAAGCAGCUAAGGAGACAUUGCUGGGCAAAGUUUCGCUCAUUUGCUGCUUAAGUAUGCACUUAUGGUGGACUGUAACUAUUGCUGUCGUGAAGGUGACCUAAUGCUAAUGGUAGAACGGUUUUAAGGGAUACGCCCGGACACUGACCGGGCGUGUCGACUGGCGUUUGAGGGGUUAGAUUUGUGCAUCGUGGUUGUAGAUGUAGUAAGGUAUCAUUCAGUUAGCCCCUACCUGGUAGGGAUCGGGUCCAAAUCCCAGUUGAAUCUUAUGGUUUCGCCCUGGCUGUGGUUCGAUUCUGGUCCACCUUCUGCAUCAGUUAAACACGGUCGGAAUAUAUCCCUGGCAUAAACCAUUCGAAA